AUGAAUCAGCACAAUUCAAUCCAUUUUACUGACGACGACUUGCUUUAUAUAACAGCUCUAAAUGAAAACCAAAUGAUUAAUGUAAUUGCUUGUCUAGACUUAAGUAAUCUUACGACCAGAUUGAAUUAAAAGUGGUCCAAAGUAAUAGAGUCUUCGAAAGGGAACUAUUAAUUACUUUCCAUAUUAAUAGAUGAAAAUGAACUCUAUCUAAACUACAAAAGCACACACGUUUAUGACUCAUUUACUCAUGGUACAAUUUUAGGUUUUAUGAAAUUUGAACUAAUGACAGUUUAGUAACUCUGGGCUAAUGGAUUUUAAUAUAAUAAAACAUUUGUAGAUUCUUCUAAAACUUUUAUAUCAGAGUUUGAUAUCCUAAAGAAUAGCGAUUCUUAAAUUGAAUAUCUUGGAAUAUGUUCACAUACUCAAAAGAAUAAUGAAACUGAUUAUUGGAUGGAGUUUUCACUUAUGUAAGCUAAUUCAUCAAGGGGGUAAAAAGAUAUCAAAUUUACAGAAAUUCAAGUAGAAUAAAGAUGUAGAGAUGUAAAAAUGCAGAAUAGUUAAGAAUUUUUAGCAGUAACAAGCUUGAAUAUAGGGUCAACCAUUAGUUUAGUUAUCUAUCAAAUCAGUUUUAUCAACUCAACUAAGGUUUCUAUAGUUCAAACAAGUGUAACAUAUUCUGGUUUUAUAUAAACUUUGCAUGCCAUGAUAAUGGAUGAUAAUGGCAUAAUAUAUAGUGGAUCAGAUAAUGGCUACCCUAGGACUUCAUCUGUUGUAAAUACUAAUAACUGA